AUGAAGUCUCUUACAAGUAUGGCUAUCGCGGCGGCCUUAGCGCUUUUCGCCGGCUGGUCCUCAGCAUCCCCAACGUCAUACUGCAACGGCAAGUCCGACAAGGUGUGCUACACCUGGGCCGUCCCAGCCUCAGCAGCCUCGUCCGGCUCCGGUAACCUGUUCAUCCGUAUUCAAGCCCCCGUAGACUACCAAUGGGUCGGUCUCGGCACAGGUGACGAGAUGAGCGGCUCUACCAUGUUCGUCAUCUACCAAGACGGUACUGGUAACGUCACCUUAAGCACGAGGAUGGGUCACGGCCAUGAGAUGCCUGAACAUAGCCGCAUGCGCUCUGUAAGGCUUAUCGAGGGCAGCGGUGUCGUGAACAAGACGAUGGUAGCCAAUAUCCAUUGUGGCGAUCUCGGAAAUAUGCACUUCAAGGGAUCAAAUAACUGGAUCAGUGCUUGGAAGACUGGAAGCUCUUUGCACACGGCUGGCAUUGAUGCCAAUAUCAAAGAACAUGACGGACACAAUAGCUUCUCAGUUGACUUCUCCGAGGCUCAUCUGGUGGCGGGGGGAGAAGGCAAUACCAGCACUAUUCACGGUAGUAUAAUGUCGGUGGUCUUUCUAUUGGGUUACCCACUGGGAUCGCUGUUGAUGCCUAUAAUCGGAAAGUGGUUCAUCCACGCCACCUGGCAGAUGAUCGUCUUUAUCGGCAUGUGGGCUGGGUUUGUUACUGGCAAGUUGGCUGCCGACCGUACCGGUAAUUGGUUUAACGCUCCGCAUGUCAUUAUCGGCACCGUAGUUUGCGGUUUGAUGGUUAUCCAGCCAAUCUUGGGAGGGCUACAUCACAGGAACUUCGUCAAGCAUCAGCGCCGAACAGGCAUCAGCCAUGUUCACAUCUGGUACGGAAGAGCUCUAAUGAUUCUUGGAAUUGUGAACGGUGGGCUCGGCCUGCAGCUUGCUGGUGCGUCCACGAAGCUAAUUAUCGGCUAUGGCGUGGUUGGUCUGACAACAUCCUUGAUGUACACCGCUGGGGCUGUUCGCAAGAUGCUGAGAGGAGCGAAGAAGCAUCAGCAUGAGCCUAUGAAGUACAAUGGCUCUUAUAGCGCGGUGGCCUUGAUUUGA